AGUGAACAUUGUCAACCUCCCUGCCUACUUAGCUCCUAGCACCCCAACUCUGAAUUUCGCCCUCUGUCUGGGAAUAUGGCUCCACCAGCGAUAAUUGCCCCGUCUAUCCUCUCUGCCGACUUCGGCAACCUCGGCCAUGAUUGUUCGCGAACUAUCGAGCAGGGCGCAGACUGGCUCCAUGUGGAUAUCAUGGACGGCCAUUUUGUCCCCAACCUAACCUUCGGCCCCCCCGUGGUGGCCAAGAUCCGGAAACAUGUCGAUCAGCCUGGGCAGAAGUACGGAAAGGGGACAUUUGACUGCCACAUGAUGAUCGCCGAGCCGAAGAAAUGGGUGAAAGAGUUCAAAAAAGCCGGCUGUGACUUGUAUUGCUUUCACUACGAGGCAGCGACAUCCUCAGCCGCUGAGAGCCCCGAGGGGCACUCUGAACUGAAGACGAACCCCCGCGAGUUGAUCCGAUAUAUCCACGAGUGCGGCAUGCUGGCCGGCAUUGCGAUCAAGCCAGGCACAAAGGUGGAUGUGCUGUGGGAUGUGCUGGACAGUCCGCUUGAAAAGGAGCGGCCAGAUAUGGUCCUUGUCAUGACAGUUGAGCCUGGCUUCGGAGGGCAGAAGUUCAUGGCGUCUGAGCUCCCCAAGGUCCAGGAGCUGCGGAAACGAUAUCCCCAGCUUAAUAUCGAGGUGGACGGUGGGCUGGGGCCCGGGACGAUAGACCAGGCGGCCGACGCUGGUGCGAAUGUCAUUGUUGCCGGCAGUGCUGUGUUUGGUGCCCAGGAUCCGGCCGAGGUCAUCUCACUGUUGCGAGAGGCGGUAAACGCGAGGGGCGGGAAGUUAUAAGAGCAAAGAGUAGGCGUGAAGGCGUGGGAAAAUUGCACGGUGUUAAAAUAUGUAGACGAUGAGAUGCUGCGAUAUAGAUGAUGGAUGAAGCCAGACUUGGUGUAUGCAGCGUACAAAUCCAUAACUGAUCCUCACA